CCACAAUGCAAUUCGACGUCCUCUGCUGCGUCGCCUACCUUGCAGUUUUAACCGAGAGGCUUUUGUUUUUGACGCGUGAACAUGGAUUGUCCCUUAAGUGGACGUUUUUUUUAGGUCUUUUUAAGCAGUCGGUGAGACAAAAAUGGAAUAUAAGUGGAACCAUAACAUGUGUGUCGCAGAGAGACACGAAAACGGAAGUAAGAAGCUCUCACUACCACAACAUACAUGCUUGGAAACCAGUGAGCCUGAAGAGGUGUUUUCCUUUUUUUCCGCUGACAUCAGCAUCGGUUGUUCUCUUCCGCACUUUGUGGGUGAAAAGAAAGGAAGUACUUUUGGUCACGGGUUCCCUAAACCAUUCGUAAUCACAGCUUGAUUAUUCAUCUUUACAUCCGAGGCGUGUACAUGGCAAAUAUCUUUAAAUAGUCGAGGACAUUUCGUGGAUGCUUAGUGGCGGGGUUUCUCUUUUUUUUUGUUUGUCAUUGAACGCAACAUUUUUGUAUUUGUAAAUACGAGGACGAAAGCUCUUAAAAAUAAAUAAAACCACUUUUAUCAGCGGUCCAAGUCAUCAUGGAACAGCAUGUGCCCGCCGAGAGGACCUUGUCGGUGUGCAGGCGUUUGUGUUACGCCUCAGGACAUUUUUUAAAUGACUUGUGCGCCUCAAUGUGGUUCACCUACAUGCUGGUCUACCUGCAUUCCGUGCUGGGCAUGCAGAGCACCUUUGCAGGUGUGCUGCUGCUUGUCGGCCAGGUAGCAGAUGGACUCUGCACGCCUCUGGUCGGCUAUGAAUCUGACAGAUCUUCCGGCAGGAGACAUGGGAAGAGGAAAAGCUGGCAUUUACUGGGGUCCGUUUGUGUCCUUCUCUCCUUCCCCUUCAUUUUCAACCCUUGCCUGGCUUGCUCCGCCAACACCCCCCAGUGGGCCGAGAUUGUUUACUUUGUCCCCUUCAUCAUCAUCUUCCAGUUUGGAUGGGCGGCCACUCAGAUCUCACACCUGUCCCUCAUUCCGGAGCUGGUGUCUUGUGAGAGUGCCAAGGUGGAGCUCACCGCGUACAGGUACGCCUUCACUGUGGUGGCCAACAUCACUGUCUACACUAUCGCCUGGCUGCUCUUUCAUUUCCAGGAUCAACAAGACAUUGACAUAACAGACAACCUAAGCCAGGCCGACAUCCCCCUGUUUAGGAUGCUGGCUUUCAUCGUGCUGGCCAUUGGAGCAGUGUUCUCCAUCAUAUUUCAAGCUGGCACGAAAGAGGCGUCAGGAACAGAGGGAGAAGAGCCGCUGCUUGCUCCUUCCCCUUCUGGUGAUGACGAAGAAGCUUCGCCUCGUCGAAUGUUCCAGUGGAGACAUUGGCUAAAAGAGCCUUCUUUCUAUCAGGUGGCCUUUCUUUACAUGUGCACAAGACUGAUAGUCAACCUGUCCCAGUCCUACAUCUCUGUUUACCUCACCAACUCUCUGAUGCUACCUAAGAACUUCAUUGCCAUUAUACCGCUGGUGAUGUACAUCAGCGGAUUUGUGAGCUCGCUGGCAAUGAAGCCGAUUAGCAAGCUUGUAGGCAUCAGUAUGAUGUAUUUUGCCGGCCUGCUGCUGGUGAUCAGCUUUGCCGCCUGGGUGAUUCUGGACCGGAACAUGGGCGCUGACAGCAUCUAUGGCGCGGCAGUGCUGCUAGGAUCAGGGUCAGCUAUCAUCCUGGUCAUGUCGCUGUCCAUGACAGCCAAACUCAUCGGGGAGCAUACGCAAAGUGGAGCUUUUGUUUAUGGCUCAAUGAGCUUUACAGACAAGGUGGCCAACGGCGUGGGAGUCAUUGUCAUCCAGAGCAUCAGACCAUGCAGCACAGAAGCAUGCUGCCCAGCGUGUAUAUGGUUUUAUCGUGACGUCAUGGCCAUAGUAACAGGGGGCGUGGCCGUGGCUGCAACAGGUUGCCUGUUAACCAUUCUCAUUUGGCCAAUCAAGACCAGGAAAAACUGAAUGACACUAAUACAUUAUUAAUAUUAUUGAAUUCUGCCGCUAUGGGUUUAAAAUCAUUCCAAAUGAUAUGUGCAAGUUUGUGUGACAUCUUCAUGGAUGCCUUUAUACAAAACUUGACAUUCACGCACAGUUUACUUUGCUUUAUUUUUAUUUUUUAAUGUGCAUUUUUAUUUUGACAGUGGAAUGAUGUGUUGUAUGCUGUAUAACAUAAGGUCAAACCUCAUUUAAUGUAUGUAAACCACUUACCUUUGAAGUUGUAAAGAUGAAACACAGAAUAUGUAUGUUAUUUACUCAGAACCUGACUUGCUGCAAUGUGCAAUUGAACACACUAAAGGCCCAAAAAUAAAAACUGUGAUUACAGUAUGACUGUA